UUAGAAAUUGAGGCCUGUAUUUUUUGUGUUUUGGUUCAAUAGAAAAACCAAGAGAGAGAAGGAGAAGAGAGUAGAGAGGGAGGAUUAUGUUAGAGAGAGAAAUAGCGCGGUUUUAAUAAACCGCUUUUACCCCGAUUCCUGGUUUUAGAGUCUGCUUGUCGUUUUUCAGCGGUUUUGCAGAUCCCACAAAACCAUUGGUCCAAGGUGACGAGUUUGCAGAUCACCUCAAGGUAGCGAAGGAUUGCAAUCCAAGUGCCUGUAACAAAGGAUCCGUGCUAUAAACCCUGUUUCCAGAAUGACUCGCGGUAAUCAGAGAGAGAAAGAUAGAGAGAGGGCUCAGGCCAGGAAGCCCCAAGGCAAGGGUAAAGAUGAUGGAUUGACCCCUGAACAACGCCGAGAGAGGGAUGCAAAAGCACUUCAAGAGAAACAAGCGAAGAAAGCAGAACAAGCUGCAGGGGGUGGUAAUAGUGGGAAAAGCGGUAACAAGAAGUAGCAGGUUUUGGGGAACAAUGUCAAUUAGCUGUGGUCCUAGAUAUUGGCUCUAUUGUCACGUGCAUCCUGUGUUUUUGUUGGGUCUUCGUUGUUAAAUGUUGUGUUCUCAGUUCCUCUGUGAAUCCAGCAAUGUAAACUAAUAACUUCUCUUCUAAGUAGCUUAUAUGAUUUAUGCCAUUUUUCUGUGUUUUUUUUCUCCCCUCCCCUGCAUUGCUUAUGCAAAUUACAGCUUUUACUUCUUUA